GAUGAGCUCCCUGCAGCCUUUGCGGCCACAGUUUUCGCCUCCUCCUCUUGCUGCUGUCUCUCUCUCUCCAUACCGGGAAUGUUGACCAGCGCGGACUGAUCCGAAGUGUCCCGUCAGCUGCGUGUUUGUCUCGUGGGGGUCGCGAGCCUCCACGGAUCCUGCUGUUAGGUUUUGCUCGGUCCAUCUUGUAUCGAAACUGAUCCAACCAGGAACAUUUCACAAAAAAGCUGAGAAACGCAAAACAUGGCUGUGGCCGGAUGUCCGGAUUAUUUCCUGCAUCAUCCAAAUUAUCAGCAAGACAAUAUAGACCGGUCCUCCAAUCAUAGACAAGCUGACCUCAUCGGUCCGAGCUUCCAGCAAUCUGCCAAUCGGAGUUCUCUAAACCAUCAAGAGGAUGACGUGGAUUUAGAGGCCCUGGUGAAUAAUAUGAACUCUUCGUUGGAGAGUCUGUACUCCACCUGCAGUGGCCAGCAGACAGAUUCCACCCCACUACUAAUCAAUGGACAGAUCUCUUCCCCACCACACCACCACCAUCACGUGCAACACAACCAGCCUCGGCAGGGUCAGCCCUUGCAGUCGCUAAGCCACGUCUCCCCGGAGCCGGGCUCAUCUCAAACCAGCCUGCGACGGUCACAGCCCAUGCACAUUCUCGCUGUCAGGAGGUUGCAGGAAGAGGAUCUGAGGACAUCAUCCCUCCCGGCCAUACCCAACCCUUUCCCCGAGCUCUGCAGUCCGGCAAGCUCCCCUGUCUUGAGUCCAGGGUCACUACCUCCUGGAGAGCCCUCCACUGACAUAUAUAUUGUGAAGAUCUUCAGUGAAGACGGCAUGUGUAAAGUUGUGGAGAUCCCGGCCGACAUGACAGCAAGGGACCUGUGCCAGCUCUUGGUUUAUAAAAGCCAUUGUGUGGACGACAACAGUUGGGCACUUGUUGAACACCACCCGCUGCUCGGGCUAGAGCGCUGUCUAGAAGACCAUGAGCUGGUGGUUCAGGUCCAGGCCUCUAUGAACAGCGACAGCAGAUUCCUCUUCAGGAAGAACUAUGCCAAAUAUGAAUUCUUCAGAAACCCCCAGACAUUUUUCCCGGAGCAAAUGGUCGCAUGGUGCCAGGAAACCAAUCGUAUGAUUCCACCAUCUCAGCUCCUUCAGAACUUCCUCGCAACCAGUAGCUGUCCAGAGAUCCAGGGGUAUCAGUAUGUGAAGGAGGUGGGGAGAAAGUCAUGGAAGAAAGUUUACAUGUUGUUGCGGCGCUCAGGGCUCUACUGCUCUACAAAAGGAACCUCAAAGGAGCCCAGACAUCUACAGUUUCUUGCAGACCUUGAAGACAGCAACAUCUUCACUGUCAUCUCAGGCAAAAAGCAGCACGGUGCACCCACAGACUAUGAGUUCUGUAUCAAGCCCAAUAAAUGUCGAGGGGAGUUGAAGGAGUUGAGGAUGCUGUGUGCGGAGGACGAACAGGGCAGGACCUGUUGGAUUACUGCUUUCCGGAUUUUCAAGUAUGGGAUUGUAUUGUACCAGAAUUAUAAGAUUCCCCUACAAAGAAAAACCUUACUUUCACACUUCUCAGCACCUGUGCGGAGUGUGUCAGAGAACUCCCUUGUGGCGAUGGAUUUCUCAGGGAGGAUAGGCAGGGUGAUUGACAACCCUGUCGAAGCUCAGAGCGCUGCCAUGGAGGAGGGACAUGCGUGGAGGAAGAGGAGUCAACGAAUGAAUGUAUUAGGCUCCCACAGUCCACUACACCAUUCUUCACUUAGCUCAGUCAUCCACAUCGCUCAGUUGUGGUUCCACGGCAGGAUAACCAGAGAAGAAUCCCAUCGCAUUAUCCACCAGCAGGGACAAGUCGAUGGAUUGUUUCUGCUGAGAGUCAGUCAGAGUAACCCCAAGGCGUUUGUGCUCACAUUGUGCCAUCACCAGAAAAUCAAACAUUUCCAGAUACUACCGUGCGAAGAGGACGGCCAAGUCUUCUUCAGCUUUGAUGACGGCGCCACCAAAUUCACUGACCUGAUUCAGCUGGUGGAGUUCUACCAGCUCAACAGAGGAGUGCUGCCUUGCAAACUCAAACACCCGUGCACCGUCGUGGCCUUAUGACAUCUUCGGAUCAUCUGACCCCAUGACCCCUAUCACUUGACCUGACUGCCAGAAAUGA